AUGGACGACAAAUCCCAAAAACGCCAGCUAGGCGAGCAAUUACUCCAUGAAGCCGCUGAACAUGUGGUCAAGAAACCGCGCGUGGGGUCAUUUGAUACAGGCAGGACCUCCCAUUUUUCUGGCCAAGGAAUUCAACUUGCAGGCCACGGCGAUUUCAACGUUUACAAGGGCAAUGUUAACAUUGCAACGACUAACGCCGCGCCAACCACUGAGGCAGGAAACUGUCUGCGCGACCUUUUCACAACCGAUCCGUCUGAUGAUAGAACUGCCAUGAAGCGCAAAAAAGGAAACCGUGCUACCGGCACCUGCGAAUGGAUACUCGAGACGGAGGAGCUUACUGCUUGGCUUGGCCAGGGACAGACAAGCAAUGUCCUAUGGCUCUAUGGAAAUCCUGGAACAGGAAAAUCCACGAUGGCUAUAUUCCUCACUGAACAACUUUCGACAAUUUUCUCGGCAACAGAAGGGAAAACGCUUGCCUAUUUUUUCUGCGACUCUAGCUUCGAUAAACGGAAGACAGCUACGUCAGUCGUUCGAGGACUUCUCCUCCAACUCGUCCAGCAGCACCCGAACCUUAUCGACUACAUCUUACCAAAGUAUAAUGAGCGUGGCAAAGACUUGUUCCAAUCGUUCGAUGCUCUCUGGGCAAUAUUCAUGGCCGUGGCGACAGAUCAGAAGACAGGCCAAAAGUACUGCGUUAUUGACGCGCUCGAUGAAUGCGAUCAAGAAUCGCAAAAAGUCCUAUUGCAACAGUUUCAAGAAACCUUUCAUAGCCAAGACGCCCCAUCAAAUGUUCAGAUAUUUGUUACCAGUCGACCAUAUUCUGAGAUCCGCGAAUACCUGGAUGAGUUCACAAAUAAGGACUUGGCAUCAUUUUCCCAGGCGAAGAAAGACAUCGAUCAGUGCAUCGAGGAAAGAGUCGCAGAUCUUGUUAAGAAAAAACAUUACACCGCUAAAGUUAAAGAGCAAGUCAGCAACAUCCUCAGAAAUAAAGCCGAAAAUACUUUCCUUUGGGUUGGCUUAGCAUGCGAGGAGCUAAAGGAAGUCCCUUCGAAGGAUGCUGUCAAAGUCUUACAGAAUAUGCCCAAAGGACUUCACUCGCUCUAUGAAACACUUCUAAACACAGCUCAAGAGGAGUCUGGAACUGACAUACUCCGACAUAUUCUGAGCUUGGUUGCUGUAUGUAUGCGGCCACUAAGCGUAUUGGAGCUUUCUGAAGCUUGCCAGCUGUAUGAAGAAGAAGUGGAUAUAGAGACCCGGGUUCAGUUUACACGCGAUCAAAUUGCAUCCUGCCGCCUAAUGAUCAUCGUCCAAGAUGAAAAGGUGCUCUUACUGCAUCAGUCUGUGAAAGACUAUUUGGUUGGAACCAAUUCUCGCUACUUUAUCGAUGAACUCGAGGCACAUGCAAAUAUUGUCCAUCGAUGUGUAAGUCUUCUUAUGGAAGAGUUCCAUCGCAGAGAACAGUCGAGAAUGCACUUUAUCUCUUACGCAAUCGAAAGAUGGCCUGAUCACGCGCGCAUGGCACAGUUAAAAUUCGAAGUUAGAGACUCAGAAGCCGAGUUCUUUCAAGUUAAUUCACCGAGUCGGGAGCACUGGCUCAAAGCCUUACUACACGAUCGCUUGUGGGAUAACGACAUCACAGCUCAUAUGUCCAUAUUACACAUUGCCGGUCGGUGGGGAAUUGCUCCCUUGGUAGAUUACAUUACCGCAUGUAAUCAGAACUAUCCAGAAGAAACUGAUGCCAAGAGAAUUUCAUCUAUUGAUGUGAAUUGUGUUGAUUCACACAACGCAACGCCGAUCGAAAUGGCCGCUAAAUGGGGGUCCAUAAGCGUCAUUUCUAAAUUACUUUGCUUAGGCGCAGAGAUAAAUGAAUAUGUGGUGGCUGCUGCGGCAAAAAACAAUAGAAAUGGCGAGGAAGUAAUGACAUUGCUCCUUGACCAGCGAGGAGACCAAAUCACUAUUACAGAGUAUAUUGUUAAGGCUGCAGCAAGAAAUUCUAAAACAGAAGUAAUGGCACUGCUCUUGGACCGUCGGAGAGACGAGAUCACUAUUACAAAGAGUAUUGUUAAGACUGCAGCAAGGCAUUCUAAAAAGGAAGUGAUGGCUUUGCUACUUGACCGGGGAGGAGACCAAAUCAUUAUUACAGAGGACAUCGCCAAGGCCGCAGCAAUAAAUUACAACAAGGAAGUGAUGGCGCUGCUCUUUGACCGUUGUGGGCACCAGAUCACUAUUACGAAUGAUAUUGUCAAAGCGGCAGCAGGCAAUUACCAUAGCAAGGAGGUGAUGGCAUUACUCCUUGGCCGGUAUGGGGAUCAGAUUGCUAUUACAGAAGACAUCCUUACAACCGCAGCCACGAACGGGGGGGAAGGCAACAAAAUCAUGACGCUGCUCUUUGACCAGUGCGGAGACCAAAUUAUCAUUACAGAAGAUAUCGUUAAAGCUGCAGCUGGAAACCCGAGAAAGGGCAAAGAAAUCUUGGCACUGCUUUUUAGACAGUGUAGAGAACAGAUUAUCAUUACAGAAGACGUUCUUAAAGCUGCAGCUGGGAACUGGGAAGAAGCCGAAACAAUUAUGACGCUGCUCUUUGACCAGUGCGGAGACCAAAUUAUCAUUACAGAAGAUAUCGUUAAAGUUGCAGCUUCUAACAGGGGAAAGGGUAAGGAAGUAAUGGCAUUACUCCUUGAACGGUAUAAAGAUCAGAUUGCUAUUACAAAUAGCAUUAUUACAAGUGUGGUUCUGAACGAGGAGAAUAGUAAGGAAAUAAUACAGUUACUCCUUGACCAAUGUGGAAACCAGAUUACUAUUACAGAGCUUGAUCUUGAAACUGUAGCAGAAAACUCGGGGGGUGGUCAAGGAGUACUGGCGUUACUUCUUGGCCAUUGUGAAGGCCAGAUUGAUAUUGUGGAGGAUAUUGUUAUAGCUGCAGCUCGAAACAUGGAGAAUGGUAAGGAAGUGAUGGCAGUACUACUUGACUGGUUUGGAGACGAAAUUACUAUUACAGAAGAUGUUAUUAAUGCUGCAGUGACAAAUGAGAAAAGUGGUAAAGAAGUUAUGGCAUUACUCCUUGACCGGUGUGGAUGCCAGAUUGCUAUUACAGACGAUGUUAUUGAAGCUGCAGCAGUAUGCGGUCAAACCGAGAUGCUUAAUCUUUUUUCACAGCGGAAUUUUUUUAUUUCUGAUUGGGAUAAAUGGCACGACAUUUCAAGGUUCUAUGACGCAGCACGCAGCGGAUACGUUCAUAUUAUUAAACAGCUACUGGAUCGAGGAGUGAAUCCAGAUCUAAAAAAUGAUCUUGGUCAUACGCCGUUGAGUAUCGCAGCAUGGUAUGGUCAUGAGGCGGUUGUCAAAGUCCUAGCAGAGAGGAUAGACGUGGAUAUCAACUCGAGGACGGAUUUAUUCAGGGAAACACCUCUUAUGCUGGCAGCCAGUGAGAACUUUGAGCGGACUGUGGCUAUUCUAUUAGAUGCUGGUGCGAAUCCAAAGCUUAAGAACCGGCGAGGGCAUACGGCAUCUACUAUAGCCAGAAGGUCUGGUUAUGAGAAAAUCGUUGACAUACUCGAGAAGGCAGAAUAG